AUGACUUUUGAGACCAGUUCUCCAGAGCUGAGCAUUUCCAGUGGUACCCCAACAUCAGCACGGACGCGGCUGGCGCUUCUGCUAGCGGGCAGGCCGCUCGAGGCGCAGCAGGGUGCUUUUCUUCUCCGGCCGGGGUCUGAGGGCAAACUUAAACGGGUGUCGCUGCGCCGAAGCCACCCCGGGAAGAAAAAGGGGCUGCACAGCAAAAUAGUUCUCAGCCUCCAUCUGGAGAACAGAGCCGUCGUUCUACGAACAUUGCAUCUUCUUGCACAGAAAGCCGCUUGGAUCCCAGCGAAACGCUUCCACCCCUCGAGAAUGUUCGUGCCUCUGAGCUUCACGGCUAUCCGGAAGUUUCCCGUGGACUUCCUCAUGCCAACCCCACCAGGAUCGCUCGAGGGCUCGCCUGACCUGGCGUCUCCCCUGAGAAGCAAGAGCGGGCAGGCAGCUGUUGAAAUCUCAAAACUGUUGCCCAUCGCCAAGCGGCACCGAUACGGGACGCACUCGUCGUCCCGUCUGCCCCUUCGCAAACAAAACGGGAGGUUAUCUAAGAUCAGCUUGUGGAGGCCGGCGGAGUAUCGUCCCCUUUGGGGGAUGGCGUUCGAGGACCACAAUUCCCCAUCUCCGAUCCCUUCCCAAUUUGUUAUCUUCUCCUUCCGCAAAGGGCUGAUAGGAGGACUGGCCGCUAUCCUCUUGGUGUGGCUGCCAGUCCAGUUCUUGCUAGACGAGCAUUGGGGAGUUAACGUGCAGGUAUUCCUGGGCGUGGGACUCGCCGUCCUCUGCUUCUGCCUUCUCCUCGGCUGCGCGAUCUGCUGGCACUGGCGACGGAAGCGUAAAGGCAAGGGCGAAGCGUGCCCGCCGCAUCGGGCCCUAGUGGAUCUGGGGCCGUCCCUGCCUUCCCAAAUGACGGCCGUGGUGAUCCAGCAGCAGUACAUGGAGAUAGAAGGAGAAGUUCUGGAUCGCCCGUCUCUCGAGCUUGCCAAAUCUCCGGCGAUAUCCAACUACGACGGCCCACCCAGGAGCCUACGCCACAGCAGAGCUUCUUUACCCAGCAUCCCCUUUCCGUCCAAGCUGAGCCUGUCAGUCAAGCCCACACUGAACCUGGAACGUCGCUGCACUAUCUCCGGGAGCAGUGUCCUAGGGGACGAGAGCCACCUUCUCUCCAGUCCCGUCCAGGGGGCCAACAUUCCACGGUUUUACACUGUGCCACGGAACCUGUCUGGUGCCGGUCCGAAGCCGCGGCCGCACCUCCACUUCACUCUUUUUUACUCGAAGCCCGAGGCCGCGCUGAUUGUGACGGUGAUCGGCGUCUCCCACCUGCCCAAGGGCUUCCGGGCCAGCCGGGAUUCCUACGUCAAGGUCUACCUGCUUCCGAAAUUCGCCGAGCCCAAGCGUACUGCCCUGCACAAGAAGAGUCUGAAUCCCGAGUACCACGAGCAGUUCCAUUUCGGCCACUAUAGCCUGGAGGAGCUGCAGGGUCUAACUCUGCGCUUUGCCGUCUACGCGAAGGGGUUCCACAACCUGAAGGAUUUCUUCAUCGGGGAGGUGAUGUUCCCGUGCAUGCAAGCAGCCUUGGAACAAGCUGUCUCCUCCGCCUAUACCCAGGAACUGUCGACCACCAAAACCAAACUUAAAAAGUGUCUCAGUUCCCAGGACGUGAGCUGCAGCCCCUCAUUUUCCCGGCCCAAGUCCGCCGGGCAGCUGUUCCUCCUCCUGCAGUACCAGGCCCUGGCCGGUCGCAUCAAAGUCUUGGUGCGGAAGGCCGAGAACCUGGCCCGCCUCACCCGCAUUCCGGGGACGCCAGACCACUACGUCACAAUCCGCCUGCGCCACAACGGGAAGGUCAUUGACACGAAAGAGACCAAGUCCAUUGCUGGCUGCAAUCCCGUGUGGAACGCCCCGUUCCUCUUCAGCAUUCCAGCAGGAGACAUCCUGGAGCAAGCUCUCUUGCUGGAGUUCACGGUCAUGCAGGCUCGCCUCUACACUCGCAGCUGUGCCGUGGGGAAAGUGCUGAUCGGCCCCGACGCUCUGGAGAUGGGGCAGCUCCACUGGAAGGAGAUGUGCAGCCGAGGGAACGUGGAAUCCGCUCGCUGGCAUGCGAUUCAACCCGAAGGAGUUCAGCCCUGCCCUUGA